AUGGCAUUGCCUCCGGCGGUCCGCUUCAUGGCGAUUGGCACUAUGGUUGUCUUUUGCUAUCUAUGUGUACAGAUAUUCCGAGCGCCGACGAGCCUGUCGGCGGGCGGCAAGGAUGCUGUCAAGUUCAGCGACAUGCCCAGGGACCCCAAUCUUGACCCCACUGGAGAGCCGCCGGAGCCACUGCACAGAGUGUCGGGCAAUAACUAUGCGCCGGACAACGCAAACUCGAACCGCAUCAACGCUACCAUCUUGUCGCUUGUACGCAACGAAGAGCUGGACGGAAUCUUACAAUCAAUGCGCGACUUGGAGCGUACAUGGAACCACAAGUUCAACUACCCUUGGACCUUCUUCAACGACGUACCUUUCACCGAAAAGUUCAAGGACGCUACCCGUGCCAUGACCAAGGCCGAAGUCCGCUACGAGCUCAUCCCUACAGAGCACUGGGAAGUCCCCAGCUGGAUCAACCAUGACCUGUUUGUCGAGAGCGCAAACGUCCUCAAGGAGCACGAUGUCCAAUACUCGCACAUGUUGAGCUACCACCAAAUGUGCCGCUGGAACUCGGGCCUGUUCUACAAGCACCCUGCUCUCAAGGACAUGCAAUACUACUGGCGUGUCGAGCCAAAGGUCCACUUCUUCUGCGAUGUCGACUACGAUGUUUUCCGCUUCAUGCAGGACCGCAACAAGACAUACGGCUUUACCAUCAACCUCUACGACUCUCCCCAAUCCGUCGCAACCCUCUGGCCCGAGACUGUCAAGUUCCUGGCUAACAACGGUCACCAUCAGCAUCCUAAUAAUGCCAUGAAAUGGCUCACCGACAAGGAUCGUAGACCAGAAAACUACAAAGAGGCCAAUGGCUACAGCACCUGCCACUUUUGGAGCAACUUCGAGAUCGCCGACAUGAACUUCUGGCGUUCCUCAGCCUACGAGGAGUAUUUCGAACAUCUCGAUCGUGCCGGUGGCUUCUUCUACGAGAGAUGGGGUGACGCUCCCGUGCAUAGCAUUGCACUUGGUCUCUUCGAAGACAGUCGCAAGAUUCAUUGGUUCAAGGACAUCGGAUACCAACAUAUUCCCUUCUUCAAUUGCCCCAACUCACCCAAAUGCCGAGGCUGCGUUACUGGUCGCUUCGCCGACGGUGAGAAAUGGCUCAACAGAGAAGACUGCCGGCCCAACUGGUUCAAAUAUGUUGGUAUGAGUCCUGAAUGGGCUGUCCAGAAAGACUAG